GGUGGGCGGUGUAGAGCUGAGUCCGGCCCCACGCUUCUCUUCUCGCUCCGGAGCCGGGAAGCUCCCCCAAACGCGUCCACGGGGCCGCAGAGACUCCUUCAGGUCUGGCUCCAUCCAGCGCCCGCCGCGCCUCGGACCCCGCGCGCGCGCAGGGCUUCGGAUCCUCAUGGUGACAGGUGCGAGUCAUGGCACCCCAGGGCAGGAUGAAGCCGGCGAGGAAGAAGAACUCGGAAGAACCCGAAUUGGAACCCCUGUGCUGCUGCGAGUACAUAGAUGGGCAAGGGGAGAAGAACCACGUGGCCGCCUGCUUGUGCGACUGCCAGGAUCUAGAUGAGGGUUGCGACAGAUGGAUUUCUUGUAAAUCUGUGCAGCCAGAGACCUGUGAGAGGAUCAUGGAUACAAUCUCGGAUCGCCUUCGAAUUCCCUGGCUUAGGGGAGCCAGAAAGGUCAACAUCAGCAUCAUCCCCCCGCUCGUCCUCCUGCCCAUCUUCCUCCGUGUGGCUUCCUGGCAUUUCCUCCUGGGGGUGGUGAUUUUGACCUCCCUCCCUGUGCUGGCCCUGUGGUACUACUACCUCACUCACAGAAGGAAAGAACAAACUCUGUUUUUCCUCAGCCUUGGAUUAUUUUCUCUGGGCUACAUGUACUAUGUGUUCCUGCAGGAAGUGGUCCCCAAAGGGCGUGUUGGGCCCCUUCAGCUGGCUCUCCUUACCUUCGGAUUAUUUUUGAUACUUUUAGCCUUGUAUAGAGCCAAGAAGAAUCCAGGCUACCUCAGACAUCCAGCAAGCAAUGACACAUUCCCAAGCCACAGACAAGUAGAAUGCCCGAACAGAAAAGGGCAAGAGAAGCCCAAAGGCUCCCCCAGUCCAGAUCUGUCGGGAAGUCUCAGCAAUCGAACUCUGAAGGAAGACCCCCCAGGCUCUCCUGGUAGGGGCAAGGAAGACUGGUGUGCGAAGUGCCAGCUGGUGCGACCAGCCCGGGCAUGGCACUGCCGGAUAUGUGGCAUCUGUGUGAGGAGAAUGGAUCAUCAUUGUGUCUGGAUAAAUAGCUGUGUUGGAGAAUCAAAUCAUCAAGCAUUUAUACUUGCCCUUUCGAUCUUCUUGCUUACCUCGGUGUAUGGGAUAACGUUGACCUUGGACACCAUUUGUAGAGAUAGAAGUGUCUUCACUGCUCUCUUCUACUGUCCUGGAGUGUAUGCGAAUUACAGCUCUGCUCUGUCCUUCACCUGUGUGUGGUACUCUGUGAUCAUCACUGCGGGCAUGGCCUACAUCUUCCUCAUCCAGCUGAUCAACAUCAGUUACAACGUGACCGAGAGAGAAGUCCAGCAGGCCCUCCGACAGAAGACGGGGCGUCGGCUUCUCUGUGGGCUCAUUGUGGACACAGGCCAGUAUAAUCGGGGCUUCCUGCGGAACUGGCACCAGUUUUCCACCCUGGGUACUCACCCAUUUCACCACCCUGCUGAGAACAUUGUUUAAAGUGCCUUCUUUGUUUGGCUUUCAGGGGGAAAUGGUUCCGCCUCUGCUUCCU